CCCGCCAGGAGCCGCGCGGGCCUGCAGGUGCGGCUAGCCGGGCUGGCGCGCGAGUACGGCAGCGUCUUCAGCCUCUUCGUGGGCCCCCAGCGCGUCGUGGUGCUCAGCGACUUCCGCAGCGUGCGCGAGGCGCUGGUGCAGCAGGCCGAGGUCUUCAGCGACCGCCCGCGGGUGCCGCUCAUCUCCAUCGUCACCCAGGAGAAGGGGGUUGUGUUCGCACCCUACGGCCCUGUCUGGCGACAGCAGAGAAAGUUCUCACAUGCCACUCUGCGUCACUUUGGCUUGGGCAAGCUGAGCUUGGAGCCCAAGAUCAUCGAGGAGUUCAAGUGCGUGAAGCAGGAGAUGCAAAGGCACGGGGACUCUCCCUUCAGCCUGGUCCCUGUCGUCAGCAAUGCCGUCUCCAACAUCAUCUGUUCCCUGUGCUUUGGCCAGCGCUUCGAUUACACCAACAGGGAGUUUAAGAAGCUACUGGAUUUGAUGUCACGAGGCUUGGAAAUCUGUCUCAACAGCCAGCUCCUGCUGGUCAACAUGUGCCCCUGGUUCUACUACCUCCCCUUUGGGCCGUUUAAGGAAUUAAGGCGGAUCCAAAACGACAUCACCGUUUUCCUUAAACAGAUCAUCCGUGACCAUCAGGACUCUCUGGACGCCCAGAGCCCGCAGGACUUCAUCGACAUGUACCUUCUGCACGUGGAGGAGGAACGCCAGCGCAACAGCAGCAGCAGCUUCAGUGAGGACUACCUGUUCUACAUCAUCGGGGACCUCUUUGUCGCUGGGACGGACACCACAACUAACUCCUUGCUCUGGUGCCUGCUGUACAUGUGCCUAUACCCUGACGUCCAAGAAAAGGUCCAUGCAGAAAUCAAGAGGGUCAUUGGCCCCACCCGAGCCCCUUCCCUCACUGACAAGGCCCAGAUGCCUUACACAGAGGCCACCAUCAUGGAGGUGCAGAGGCUGACAGUGGUGGUGCCCCUGGCCAUUCCGCACAUGACCUCGGAGAAGACAGUGCUCCAAGGCUACACCAUUCCGAAGGGCACGGUGAUUCUGCCCAACCUGUGGGCUGUGCACAGAGACCCGGCCAUCUGGGAGAACCCAGACGAGUUCCACCCGAGUCGAUUUCUGGAUGACCAAGGACAACUUUUAAAAACAGAAGCCUUUAUUCCUUUUGGGAUAGGGAAGCGGGUGUGCAUGGGCGAGCAGCUGGCCAAGAUGGAGCUGUUCCUGAUGUUCGUGAGCCUGCUGCAGAGCUUUGCGUUCGCGCUGCCCAAGGAUGCUGAGGAGCCUCUGCUCACAGGGAGAUUUGGCCUCACUUCGGCCCCUCAUCCAUUCAAUGUUGUCGUUUCAAAGAGAUAAAGAAGAGCACCCCAAGAAGAGGAGGAGGUGACACCUCAAUAUGUGUCCUAUAAAUGAUUCUUCCUGCUCCUGCUGACAGCACAGCUGAUGCAGGCUGGGAUCAGACCAGAGAGCCACUGGGACCCAGGGAGGGAAGAGGUGUCCCAGCAGGACACCUGAGUAUCUUCGCCCCAGCAAGGCUGUGCUUUCUGAGUCCCCAGGUGCCUGUGCUCCCGGCAGUGGCUUCCACCAUGAGCCAUCUUCUCCUGCAGCCUCUGUCCUCACACAGUACAACGACACUCAGAACUCCCUGCUGUCCUGGCCUCAGAUGUGUCCUGAUGUCCCCAAGAAGUUCUUCCAUGCUGGAGAUGACCCAGUCUCCUGCUGGCUUCUUAAGACCUCUGACACUGUGAAAGUGGAUUUCAGCCUUGAACGCUCUGUCAGAGGGCGUGAGGGCCAAGGGUACAGUGGGGUAGAUCUUUGUUUUUAAAGCAUAGGUUCUGUGUCACUUCUUCGGGCUUGUUCUGGUAUAGGUAUCUUUUGUUUAUGAUUUUAAUUAUGAGUUUUUGUAGAGACAGAAUGAAAUGGACCCUUGUACGCUGAGUACGCUGAGUGAAAAAGAAGUCGGGAUUUCCAAACUCCUGUGAUGAGGUUCUUCCUUCUCCUUCAUCACACCUGCAGUGAGCCUGGAGGAAGGAUGUGGAAUGGGUCCCAGCUCUGCCAGCACGGGACCCUUGAGCCUUCCUCUGGGGAUCGGCCCGCUGCCAGCCCUGUGUAUGACUCCGAAUGGUCACAGACAGGUGGCAUCUUGCCCUCUGGAGAGAACCUCGCUCUUCCUAAAUGUGAGGCCCCUCAUAGAGGACAGUUCUUGGCUGAAGCCCUCUCCGGACUGUUGGGAAAAGGGUGCUGCCACGGCCAGGCUGCUCGUGGGAAGCUGUCACUGUGCCCUGAGGAGUGCCCCCCCGCCACUGCUCCGGGGGUGCUAGCUCUCUCCUGAGACUCAGGGAGGCAAUCUUGGGCAGCCGCGCUGUGAACCUUUCCUCCCCUGCACUGUGCUUAAAGCCUCAACCUGCAUGUUUGUGGUUGUUUUUUUUUUUUGUGGUGCUGGGGAUUGAAGCCAGGGCCUUAUUCGUGCAAGGCAGGAGCUCUUCCACUAAGCCUCAUCCCCAGCCAUACCUUGCGUGUUUGUGACUGUCACCCUAAGAUCCAGCUGCAGCAGAGCAUGGAGGCUCAGGGAAGCUAAGGCACAGGUGACAAAUGCCACCUCUGGGUCAGACUCUGGGCUGGACAGGAGUCUCUGCGCCCUUCUCGGGGCUGCCACCACUUGGUCCCCAGCUAGCCCUGAUGGCCCCUCCUCCUGAUGGGCUCCUCAUGGGAAGUAGUGCUGCCUGUCACAGCACCUGCUUUCUGCAGCUACCUGCUUGAUUGGAGUGACUUUCGGUGUGACUACUUAAAAGCAAGUUCCACCCCAUUUCUUUUUUCUGUUUUUGGAAGACAGCCUCUUGCUAUGUAGUCCAGACUGACCUUGAACUCAAUGAUGAUCCACCUGCCUCAGCCUCCUAAGUGCCGGGAUGAUGGGUGUGUGCCUCCACCCUAUUUGAGUAUGACCUAUGGGUGGUAUUUUUGUUGCUUAAGGUGACUUUUGAAAAUCAGUACAUAUUAUUUGUUAAUGUCAGUUUAAGCCAAAUUUUUAAAAGUUGCUAGACUUCUCUUCAUUUUCAAAACCAUUUUAAACUUACAGUGAUGCCUUAGCUAUGAAGGGUUGGCCUCACAAGGUGAGCUCCCACUGGCCAGGCUGGGGCCACAUUCAGGGCUUGCUCUUUUCUGAGGUGGAGGCAGCCACUGUGCUCCUUCUGCUAGAGAAGAGGGAAGAAAAGACCCAGAGAGGCUGUGACUUUGAGAAUGAAAUGAAAAGCAAAAGUGGGAAGCUCAACUUAGCAUCUGGGUUGGAAAGCUCACCUGCAGCUGCCCCUCUUCCUAGCUGUUUCCAGAUGGGGCAGACCCAGAUCUCCCAACCCCUCCAUCACCUCCCCCCGCCCGGCAGCUGGGUCAUUCUGGGGUUCGGGUGGAGCUUUCCUUUGAUGAGCACAUUCCUGGGCAGACUCCUUCCUGCUCAAGGAGUGGAAAUAACAUAUGUUUAACAGAAACCCAGGAGAGGAAGAAAAGAUGGAAGAUCAGAGUCAGGUAUCACUGUUGGAUUCUACCAUCUCUGCAUCACCUACCACGCCGCUUUUCCCUCUUACGAAUAUAAUUAAGCACUUAGUAUAUAGAUACAUGAGAUACAGGCUAAUCUUUAGGUCUUCAUGUGCCUUGCAGAUUUUUUUUUUUAAAGAAGAAAUGCAAAUCAACUAAAUGCUGAGGAAGUGAGCAAAAUGGAGAGGCGACCAGACUGUGGACAGGAGAUCUGAGUGUGGGUGAUGCCAGGCCUCCAGCACGACAGUCUGCUCCUGACAGGAAAUGCCUGUGCUUACAAACUGCACUAGUACCUCAGCACUAACAGGUUUCCUGCUCUAAUUUAUACAUGGAUUUUCAGUAUUUCUAACCAAAGAGUUUGUAGCUUACUUGAAAAAAUGAGCUUUGAGAACUUGAAGAUUGUCAGAAUCUGACGCUUAUUAAACUUUUAAAUGCAAUGCCUCAAACUGUAGCACUUUAAAAAGAUCUUUGUUACUCUUGAUGCUUUUCCUGCAGAUACUGACAUUUUACAAUUUUUUGUACUUCAUGGUUUAUCAGAAAUAUUAAAUAAUUGUACUGUUUUAUAAAUCUGCCUAACACCUUAGUUCUCACCUUUAUCAGAGUUUUUGAUGCCUUUAGUAAACUUUUCACUUUCAUGGA